GCGAGAUGAAACCGGUUCACAACCAGUUGGCCCCGACUGGUACCGGGUAGAGAGGAGGGGCUUGGCGCGACGUGGGGGAAGUUGCGCAUGUCGCACUGACGGUUCAGGUUUGACAUUUCCCAACGCCGACAAGAAAAAAGGUGCAUGGCAACAACUGCAAUGUGGUCUAUGUGUUAAAUAUUGUGAAUUACAUCCGACUAUAUAGUAGAUGGCUACACUUUGGUAUCUGUGAGUAGUCAAACGUUUUAGUACAAAGCCAGCCAACUACUUUUGCUAGCAUUACAUUAGCAAAGUCAGCACAGCUAGCGUCCUUCAUUUUGGUGAGACAGUUUGCUAGCUACCUAACGAGUGAACGGGACUAUUUCUUUAACCUGAACACCAUUGUAGUAUUUUACUCAAAAGGUUCGCGCUUACACGUUAACUCGCUUUUUGUUCAGCUAAAAGUUCGCUAUCUGGUGUGGUGACUGAUUUGUUUAUUGUAGCCUGUCACCGGCAAAAUGACUGUCUUUGAAAUGAACCAAGUCAUCGGUCCCUAGCGAACGUCAAAAGCCAGUUGGGGCUGUAAACAAACAGCGACAAGACGGCAAGAAAAGGGAAGGAGGCGCUCGAAUCGCUCCUUCAGGAUUCAUCCACUGCAUCAGCAUCAAGGAUGGAGUUGGCACUGAUACAGCGUUUGGUGGUAACAGAAUGAUGGCACAAACUGUUAUUCUGUUAGCAAACUUUGCAUCUGCACUGUUUUUCAAGAAAAUUCGUUUUCUGCAAAGAUUUGGUCUGAAUACCUGGGGCCAUGGGCAGGAUUUGACUAUAUUCUCCAGAAGUAAGGAGUUGAAAUCUACCAAAGUGCAUGGAGCAGCAGCACAGAGAGAGAGAGGUGAAAGAGGGAGACAUGCAACAGAAACAGGAUUCUCAAGCAGGCAAACCCUCAAGCAUCUUGGGAAAGGCGCAUCCAGCUCUCAAGGCCUUCAUGUGUGGCUCCCUGAGCGGCACCUGCUCCACGCUGCUCUUCCAGCCUCUGGACCUGGUCAAGACGCGCCUGCAGACCCUGCAGAACAUCAUGAAGCCGGGAGCUCCUAAGGUGGGGAUGAUGACAGUGCUUGUCCAGGUCAUUCGGACAGAGACCUUCCUGGGCCUGUGGAAGGGAGUGUCACCGUCGUUUGUGCGCUGUAUCCCAGGCGUAGGGAUCUACUUCUCUACCUUCUACUCACUGAAGCAGCACUACUUCCAGGAUGGCCGGGCCCCUAACGCUGGGGAGGCUGUGCUGCUGGGGGCCGGGGCCAGGGCUGUGGCUGGUGUCUGCAUGCUGCCUGUCACCGUCAUCAAGACACGCUUCGAGAGCGGACGGUACAACUACGUGAGCGUCCUGGGAGCUCUGAAGAGCGUGUGUGAGACGGAGGGGCCCAGGGCUCUGUUCUCCGGGCUGACGGCCACACUGCUCCGAGACGCCCCCUUCUCUGGCAUCUACGUCAUGUUCUACAGCCAGGCCAAGAGGUCCCUGCCACCGGAGGUGAGCUCGUCGCCCUAUGCCCCAUUGGGGAACUUUGGCUGUGGGGUGAUGGCUGGAGUCCUAGCCUCUGUGGUCACCCAGCCAGCUGACGUGGUCAAGACUCACAUCCAGGUCAGCCCCUCCCACUGGACAACCAAGGACGCCAUUCGCUACAUCUACAUGGAGCAUGGUCUGAGGGGUUUCUUCCGUGGGGCUGUGCCACGCUCUCUGAGGAGGACUCUGAUGGCAGCCAUGGCCUGGACCGUCUACGAACAGCUGAUGGCCCGCAUGGGACUCAAGUCCUGAGGAGAGGCGUCAGGGAGGAACUGAUAAAGGAAGAAUGACGUGGGGACUUGUUUUUAUACAAAGCAGCAGUUUGAGGGGGAAGAAAGUGAGGGAGAGAGAGAGAGGAGGUGUAGGGACUGUUUAUCACUGCAACUAGCUUGGGAAAGACAAAGAGGUGGGAGUCGGUGGCACAGAAGAGUGAAAGGUGUGUGUGUUUUACAUGUUGAUGUUUAUGAGAGUUAUUGUGAAUGUUUGUAUGUCCUUACAUUGUCAACCCUGACCUUAAAUGACAUUCCCUCACUGCUGAGAACUGAACUGAUCCCCCUCUGAGUGUGGAGACCAUAGAGAACUAUCUAUUUCUAUGGGGGAGACCAUAGGGAUCUAUUUUUAAUUAUAUUUCUAUGGGGGAAGACCCUCUGACUGACUACUAUGGAUACCACUCCGGUGACAAGAGACUGUCACUCACUGUCUAGGACUGUGACUAACAUCUAGGUGUCUCUAACACUCCCACUCCCAAGAUGAAACGGCAGCUUUGAUUUAGUUACCUCAGCAAGAGGUUAUCUGCUGGCUAAAAGUGUAGUGGACUGGACAAAGUAACCCUGUGCCAUGACCAUGCAACAUAUUUACAAAUGACCGGCAGACUACAUUAUCAGCACAGUGAUUAUUGCGACCUAUCGACUGACUGAAGGAAAUACAAUAUUUAUUGACUGACUGACUAAAACCAUUUAUUACUAGCUUGGACAAUCAAGACAAUAUUGCUGUGCAUUGUAGCAAAAGACUAGGCUGAUAUUUUCUAUACUGCAACUGCAUAAUUAGCUACUAGAAACUUGCCAUUGGCAUACUUAGCCAUAUUAAAAUAGUGUACAGUGGGUGUUCUCUAUACCCAAUUAAACUGGGAUAACAUUUCUAGUGCAUUCCAUUCUGGUUGCAGUGUUGUAUACCGGAUGUGCUUUAUCUAACCAGUAAUGAUAGUCAAUCCCAGAGCCAUUGAUGGAUAAUUGGCUCUAGUCAAUCCCAUUGGAACCCAGACGAUGCAACUCUGGCCCCCUUUGGGCUGUAGCAUUGUGAGACAAUAGUCAACAUCGCGAUCGUGAACAUGCAGCUUCAGCAUCACUGUAUUACAUGGGCCAGAUUCAGUAGGCACAAAAAGAAAGCAAACCGGAGGGACUAGCUGAUCUUGUCCUAUACGAAACAUAAAAUCUGGUUUUCCGAUGCAAAACAUUUUGCGACGGUGUGCACUAAUGUACACUACCCAGCUAAAUAUAGGAAUCCAUAUCAGUGAUGCACAGCCAUGGUCCUGGAUGGUCUCUUGUUAGUUUUGUAAAUGAAUAGGCCUAUGUAUUCAGUAUUUUGAGUAGUUUUCUUUUGGACGCCCAUACACGUGUAUAUUUUUUAACCCACAGUGUCCAGUGUGCCAUGUUCAAAAAUAAAAACCCAUGACAUGUC